AUGUCAACCAACAGACCCUUCCUCUCGAACUUCCUCGCCGCCUUCAGAGCCCAAUCAACAUUCAAGACUACCCAGCAAUCUACUCAGAAUGUUUCUCUCUCCUCGUCUAUCUCGCAGAGCGCUCGCGCAAUAGCCUCAAAGGCUGCUGGUGCCUCUGCUGCACAAUCACAAUCACAACCAUCAUCUGGACCUACCUCUACAUCAACAUCUGCAUCUACAACCACGCCGUCAAAUGCCCAAUCUACAUCUCAGCAUAAUCAUCAGCGUCAGAAUUAUCACCAUGCCCCUGCGGAGCAGUCACAUUCGACAUCUCCACCCCCUACACCGGCUUCGGCUUCAUCAACGCCUAUCCCGAUAAAUGGGUCCGCGGACCGGAGAAGGCGGGGUAGUGAUUCUUCUAGUGGCUCGGGUGGAUUUCGAGAUGCGAUCGGUGCUGAGAAGUGGUAUAUAGGGGGACGGAAUCAGGCGGGUGAAGAGCGGUUUUAUCCGCUUGGUAUGGUUAGGAAGAGUGGGGGGAGGGUUGGGAGUAUUGAUCAGUUGAGUUUAUAA